CCCAUCCAUCGCCCAUCCAUCGCCCAUCCAUCGCCCAUCCCCCAUCGCUCUCAUCCCUUGGUCUGCCCUCCCGCACACCCACACACCCACACGCCCACACACCCACACACUCGCACAGUCGCACACUCGCUCGCUCACGCACCCCCAUGCAGCCAUAGUACAACACAUACACAUACACAUACACUCUCACUUUCGCACUCCCUCUCACUGCUACAUAUCCUCCUCUCUCUUUCUUUUUUUUUCUCUCUCUCUCUCUCUUCCUCACUCUCCCCCCUACACUCUUUAAUACGUAGCAAGAAUGUCGUUCAUUCCCAACCUCACAUACUCCAUCGCCUCGACCGUCUGGUCCGGGACCACUGCCGCACUGGGCAAGGGCUCCGCCAAUUCCGCUUCCACAACCACAGCCGUCACUGGCCCUGGACUGCACCACCACCACCACUCCCACCACUCCCACCACCACCACUCACACUCCCGUAGCAACUCAACUACCAGUGCUGGUCUUGGUCCUAACAGUCCAACUGGCCCCAAUGGGCCCUCAAACAGCAACAGACGGUUCUCUCACAGCCGCAGAUACAGCAACACCUACAAUUUCAGCCGCAGCCAUCCCAAUGGCCUCCACAGCUCCUCCUCCUCGACUUCCUCCCCCUCUUCGCCCAUGACCCCACCGCACUCGCCCAGUCAUUACAGCCAUGCCGGAUCAUAUAGCGGUGUCUCUGCAGACAAAAGAGCAGCCCGCAAACGCAAUCCCUCCAUAUCAUCCAUGCCCAGAACACCAUCAUCCUCUCCACAGCCAGAGUCUACAUCCUUUGACCCACAUAGCUUUUCACGGAAGAGAAACUACAUGAACAACACCGCCUCGUUCUCCUCCUCCUCCAGGUCCUCGCACAGUAGCCAUCACAACAGACAUAGCUAUCACGCAGAUAGUUCCACAGGAACAAAGAGGAGCAGCGCCAAGGACAAGGAAAGCUCUCCCAAGGCACCACCAUCAGCCGAAGAGAGGUACCGGAUUGUAGACGAUAUCCUCGAGACUGAGAACCUUUACAGUGUUCUCGCAGUGAAUCGCACCGCAACAGCAGAAGAGAUCCGAAGGGCUUAUAUUGCAAAGUCAAGGGUGUGUCACCCAGACAAGUUUCCAGAGUACCCCCGAGCGACUGAAGCAUUUCAAAAACUGUCAUUGGCUUAUGAGACCCUGUCCAAGCCGUCGUCGCGAUUUGUAUAUGAUUCGACUGGAGGAGCAUCAGGAAGGACAAUGCUGGGCAGUGACGAGACACUGCAAAGCGUGCUAUCUCAGGUCUUUUUCGAGUUCAUGGAUGGUGACUUUGAAGUCAUCCGGAACAUGAUCAACACCAUGAACAACACCGCGGGCGGAGUACGACUUGGGGACGAUGUCAUUGGAGUCAUCGAAGAGAUGUUUCUUCGUCUGCGCUUCGUCUUGCAUGGAUGCAAAAAGUAUAUGACGCUGGUGCAUGACCAGGUUCAGCAGCUCUCAGAGAUUCAUCACAGCAUGCGCUCUCUGGCCUACUUGGAUGUACUGGGUCGAUUCCGGUUGACACUCAAGCUGUCGAAGGUCAUGUUGACGAUCCCAAUGAUUAUCCAAGAUGAGAUGAGACGCGAAAUAGCUGUUGCGGCAGCUUUGGAGGGCAGUUCGGAAAAGGAGGAUACUGGCGCGAAAAAGAACGCUGGUAUUGUUGGAACCGUCUUUUUGAACGAUCGGGUCGAGACAGUGCUCAAGAAGGUCGUAUCAGCCAUUGAGACGGGCGAGCGAUGGGUGUAGAUGAGUAUGAUGGUUCUCUUAUUAACAUCGAAGAUCUUUUUGAGGGCAUGGGACUGGAAACAUGCCGCUUUGUGUAGGUGUAGAGUGUUACAACAACAACAACCUCCCCCCACUAGGCAUCGCAGGUGAGUUGGUGCCCUGGAUGCGAGUCGAUAGAUACCCCGCCAUUUCUUUGCAGCAUUGUAAUAAAAAGUUGUAAUACAA